AUGAGUGCGUCCAAGGAGGAAAUCUGGUUGCGCUUUAUCUUCCCCAACCACGAUGGAGCUACUGUGGAGGCGACCUACACGCCUUCUCUCGUUUGUGUCUGGGCUUCUCCUGCGUCCCUGUUCCUGCAGAAAGGCACGACAGUCCGGGAGGUCAAGAGCGACGUGCUCCUUCACCGAUGGAAAGACACUUUCGCCUCCCCGGAGCGCGUGGCGAAGCUUCGCAUGUUCUACCGAGGGCGAGAGCUCAAAGAUGCGUGGCAAUUGAGGGACUGUCAUUUUCCGCAAGAUGCCGACUACCCCGCCGCCUGUCAUCUCUUUGUCGUUCUCCGGGGCUCCGAGAAGGCCGCUGAGCACGCUGGCAGCAAAGCGUCGCGGUGCCUAUGCCAGAUCUCAUAG